AUGAGUAAAUUGAAAUAUUUCAUCUGCUUAGAUAUUGCUCACGAAAAUAAUGAUAUAUAAGGAUAUUGUUUAAAUUUUGAAUGUAAAGAUUAAAAAUCUUAGUUUUGUUUUCAAUGUUUUGCUGAUCCAAUAAAACACGCUAAUUGUAAAAAAGAUCUUAAAGGAUUUCAUUCGAUUUAAAAUCUUAUCACAAAAUCCAAAGAAUAUCUUAAUAAUUUAGGAGAUUAAUUGAAUAAAUCCUUUGCUUUAGUUAAAACUAAAUUUGAAGAAUAAUUUAAAUAAAUUGAAAAAAUGAACAAACAAUUAAUUAAGAUAUCUGAAUACUUAUCAUUAUAAGAAUAUCAAUAAAUGAAAGAAAACUUAUAGUCAAUUAAGGAAUGGUAUCAAUAUUUGAAUUAUUAAGAUGAGAUCACCUAGUAGAAUUAAAUUGGUAUUUUUAUAAAAUUGAAUAUUAUAGGAACUUAAUUAAUUAAUGUUAAAAGAAUAAUUAAUGCGUUUAAUUAAGAUUAAUAAUAAUAAUAAUCCUAAUAUUUAAAACAAGAUUAUGAUAUUAAAAUUCAGUAAGGUAUUUGAUUCAAUAAUUAAUAAAUUAGGAAUAGAAUUACUAAAUAAUGAAAAUUGGCAAUAAGCCUAAGAACAUUUAUCUGAAAGUAUAAAGUAAUUAGAAAAACAAUAAUCGUUUGCUACAUUCUUUUAAUGUAUCUUAUUAUAUAUUUUUUAAGGUAUUUCAUUAUUUUAAAUGAAUCAAUGUUAUAAAGCAUAAAUUUUGAGAAAAUAAGCUAAAAAAAUAAAUAAUACCAUAUUUUUAGAUUUAAUGGUUUAUUCAGAAUUAGAAUUAUAAAAGAAUCCGAAAAAUAAAUUUAUAUAAAUUGCAAAAAGUAUUUCAUAAUAUUUUCCUCAAGGUUAUGCGUUAAAUGAUCAAAAGUAAUAUUAGUCAGCUAUUUAAUUAUGUGAUGAAGUAUUAUUUGAGGAACCGUAAAAUCUCCAUGCUUUAUACAGAAAAGGUAAUCGAUUAUUAGAAAAACUUUAUUUUAAUAGCCAUUUCAUUAUAUGAUCUAUAGAAAUACGAUGAUGCAAUUAAUUGUUUUGAAAAUGCAAUAAAAAUAGAUUCUAAUUAUGCCAUAGCUUAUUUAAAUAAAGGUUUAUUUAUUUUUAAAUUUUAAUAGGCAAUUCAUUAAAUAAACUAUAGAAAUACGAUGAUGCAAUUAAUUGCUAUGAUAAGGCAAUAGAAAUAGAUCCUAAUAAUGCCACUGCCUAUUUGAAUAAAGGUUUAUUUACAAUUCAAUUAUAAUAGGCAAUUCAUUAAAUAAUCAAUAGAAAUACGAUGAUGCAAUUAUUUGCUACGAUAAGGCAAUAAAAAUAGAUCCUAAUUAUGCCGCUGCCUACCUAAAUAAAGGUUGAUUUAUAAUUUAUUUUAAUAGGCGUUUCAUUAAAUAAUCAAUAGAAAUACAAUGAUGAAAUUAUUUGCUACGAUAAGGCAAUAAAAAUAGAUCCUAAUUAUGCCACUGCGUAUAAUAAUAAAGGCAUAUAAAUCAUUUAAUUUUAAUAGGUUUUGCAUUAGAAUGCCUCAAUAAAUAUGAUGAAGCCUUAAAAACUUAUGACUAGUCUAUAGUGAUAAACAAAUCAUAUACUUUAGCAUAUAAAAACAAAGGUAAUUAUAAAAAUUUAUAAAAGGUGAUUUAUUAACGAAAUUAAAGAAGAAUUUAGAAGCUAUUAUAGUUUACGAACAAGCGAUAGUAAAUUGCAAAACAGAUCAG